UUACAGGUAAGAAGCAGAUCAUACAUAGCACGUGAAAAAAAGCUUGGUAGCAAAAUUUCUGAAUUAUUAGAAGAAAAGUGUAUGGUUCUUGAAACACUAAGCAACUGUAAACAAGAGUAUGAAAAACUAGACUCAUCUUUGAAGAAUACAAAACAUUUAGAAGACCAAGAAGAAUCAUUAUCUUUUCAGGAUACAUGUGAAAAGCUAGCAAAAUCAAAUGCUGCACUCAUGGAUAGUGCCGAACAGCUCAAACAAGUGUUGGAAGCAGAAAAGUCUAAAAGACAGCAACAAGAUGAUGCACUUGCUGAACUUCAGAAAAGUCUUCAUCUGUUAAAAGAUGAAGCAAGAACCCUUAAAGCCCAAAUCGAAGAGUCAAAAACUACAGUAAAAGUUUUUGAGAUAAACCAAGAAAGACUACUGAUAUCUCUGCAAACUGAACGCGAAGAAACUGUUCACCUUCAAGAAAGUAAUGAACAGCUUUUAAGAGAAAGUGAAGGAUGGUGUGAAAGAGUCGGUGAACUUACAGAACAAAUAAAGAUGUGUGAAUUAUCAAAUAAAGACAUGGAAGAUGUUUUGAACGACAGAGAAGAACAAAUAAAGUCAAUAACUGCAUGCCUUUUGAAGUUAAAAGUGUGGGAGUCUGACGUGGAUGACUGUUUUGAAGAAAACAAAACAUGGGACUUAGAAACAAGAGGUGGAAUAGAAAAUGGAGAAUAUUUAGAUGACCAGCAAAAACGAAAAGUAAAGAAGCUCUUAUAUGCUGCCAAGUUAAAUGCUGCCCUCAAGUCUAUGGAAGCAGAAAAAAAUGAGGUUUGCACUCAGCUACAUAAUGAACUUGAAGCAAAACGAGAACUUACAGAACGGAUUGAAAAACUUAAAAGUGAAGAAAUUUCAAUACAUUCUGACAGAUCAUGUUAUGAAAAUGAGUUGCAAAAACUUCAACAGAAACUAAAGGUGAUGCAAGAGUUGUAUCAAGAAAAUGAGAUGCAGCUGCACAGGAAAUUAACUGUUGAAGAAAAACAGCGUUUACAGAAAGAAGAGAAGCUUUCAAAAGCUGAUGAAAAAAUGAAUCUUGCUGCAGAAGAAUUGAAGAGCUACAGGCAACGUGCACAAGAUCUUGAAGAUGAACUGGAAAGAACCAUUAAAUCGUACCAAAACCAGAUUUCAUUACAUGAGAAGAAGGCACAUGACAACUGGUUGGCAGCUCGUGCAGCAGACCGAGAACUUGGCGAUGUCAAACGUGAAAAUACACAUUUAAGACAGAAGUUAACAGAGACAGAAUUUAAACUGGAUGUGCUGGAGAAAGACCCUCAUGCCCUUGACGUCCAAAACAAAGUUUACCUCAGAGAAUGCUCUCCUUACAGAACAGCUGUUUUAAGUCGUCCUUCUUCAGAAACUAGAGCAUUUCUUUCUCCUCCAACUCUAAUGGAAGGCCCACCAAGGCUGUCACCUUUGUUCCCAGGGGGCCCUGGAGGAAGAGGUGGAACAAGAGGUGCAGUAAACUAUUUGGAUCAUCCUCCAGUUGAAAGUGGAGAACAGAGCUCUGACAGAUUGUCUGAUCAUCAUGGUGCUCACUCCGAUAGUGGAUCUUUGUCUCCUACAUGGGAAAGGCAAAUCUCUGUACCACUGACAGGUGCUCCACUUCGAAGAACAGAACCUGGAUAUCAUAUGCCACUUCCCAGUGGAAGAAUGUCUGGCCCGGCAGAACUACGAAUUUACAGCUCACAUUCACUUGACAAACCAGAUGAACAUCCUUCUGUAGAAAAUCAUUUAGAACAGGUCCCUGAUACUUCUGCAUUUAACGAAAAUGUCAGUAGUAUGCUGACUUCUUCCAGAAAUCAACCUAUAUUUCCAGUCAGAGAAACAAAUACUGAUCCAGGUUUCAUUGCACCUCCUGCUCCAAACAUCAGAGGACCACUUUUGCCUCUGGAUCCACGAGGCUUUUUCCGGCGAGGUCCUUUUCCAAUACAUGGCCCACCUGAUCGUCUCCCGCCACCUGAGUUUAUUGGAGUACCACCGCCCCUGUUGCGAAUGAGAGUUCCUCCUCCUCUACCAGAACAUUUCCUUCAAUUUCCACCAGUUCGAGAUGGAUUUCCACCAGUUCGAGAUGGAUUUUUACCAGCUGGCCGGCUACCACCACAGAAUCCACAUAUGCUACUUGCAAGACUGUCUUCUCCUCCUCCAAGUCAGACGGAAGCAGAGUCUGGUGUUUCUCAGCAUGACAACUGAUAUAAUGGCAAAACAAUGCAUUUUUGUUAGGUCUUAAGUCACACAUUUCUCUUCCUUUUAAAGCUAUUUUAAGUAAUCAUUUUGUUACAGAUUGUGAUUAUUUUAAAAGUUUUUUUCCUUAAGAAGGAAAAAACACAAGUACAGGAUAACAGCUGCUGCUCUAGUAGGAUUUGUAAAUAUAGAUGAUUUCAAUGUGAAUAUUGUGAAUAAAAAUGUCAUAGGAUUGUUCCCAAGUGUUUUUAUUUUAGUACCUACAUGUACAAAAGAAUAAAUUAAUCUAAUAUUUUGUUAAGAGUACAUCAGGUUCAAUUGCGAAGUUGACGUUUCUGUCUCAGAAGGCCUCUCCAUAUUCAUGCCAAAAAUGUUUAGCAAUAUUGCAAUUAUUUGUAAUUUGAUCCACAUUAAAAAAUAACUAAAUGUUUUAGUAUUAAAUUAUUGAAAUAUUGUUUUAAUAAAAGACUUUUACUUA